AAAGAAUUGGAAGAAAAAAAAUCCGUAUUUUGUUACGCAAAAGAGGAGAAUAGCAUACGAUUCUCAAACUAAUCCCGAGUAAUGCGUUUCCACCUUUCAGCUGUUCAUACAUAUCUGUCACAAGCAUUCUGCCAUUACCAGCGAAAAGCGAAUCUGAUUGUUCUAGAAUACCCUUUGAUGUUCCGUGUUGUACAGUUGCACUAUAAAUUGUUCUUCAACUAUUAUCAUUGAUCCUCCGCCAUUACAAUUGCUCUUAUCUUAUCCUGUCGAUUCAUCCGGCGAGCAGCUAAGCAUCGUAAUCGGAUCAGCUCAAAAUGACGACGGAAGCGGCCGCGGAGAAAUCUGUGAUGGUGGUUGCCGUCGACGACAGUGAACACAGCUUCUAUGCUUUGGGUUGGACUUUAGAUCAUUUCUUCUCCGGACCCGCCUUUCCUUUCAAGCUCGUCCUCCUCCACGCCAAACCUUCCCCUGCUUCCGCCGUAGGCCUCGCCGGUCCCGGCGCUGCAGAGGUGCUGCCAUAUGUGGAUUCGGAUUUGAAGAGAAUCGCCGCACGGGUUGUCGAAAGAGCUAAGGAAAUUUGCGCCUCUAAAUCGGUUUCUGACCCUGUAAUAGAGAUCGUGGAAGGGGAUGCCAGAAAUGUCCUCUGCGAGGCUGUAGAGAGACACCAUGCCUCUAUCUUGGUGGUGGGCAGCCAUGGUUAUGGAGCUAUCAAGAGGUAUGUUCUGGGCAGUGUAAGUGACUAUUGUGCCCAUCAUGCCCAUUGCAGUGUUAUGAUUGUGAAGAGGCCAAAGAUCAAAUCCUAAUCUCCAAAAUUGAAUAAUCCAUCCAGCUUGAUUCGAAAUUGUUUCUUGUUGCUUAGACUGUAUAAGUCAUUGAAAGCCUUUGAAUUGUUUGGUGUAUGUAUAAGACAUGUAGAUUGUGAUUACUGUAUAAGUGGGCUUAUGCAAUAAAGUUAUAAAGGCUUGGUUCAUCCUUGAAGCGGUGGUUUCUAACAAAGGCGUGUAUUGAGUAUAGGUUUGACUAAAUUAUAUGCUAAUUAGAUAAAGGUGAAACAUUAGAUGGAAGAUAAAUUGAAAGGUGAAAUGAAUAAACAUGUUUGUCA